AUGGCGAGGGCGGCGGGGCGGAGCGGGGCGGGGCCGGCGGCCCUGAGGGAGCCGGAGCCGGAGCAGUCAGCGGCGAUGUCGGUGCAGGUGGCGGUGGCCGCGCCCGCCGUGGAGCUGAAGGAGCUCGGCGGCCCCAUGGACAAGGCGGCGGGGCCGCCGUGCGAGCCCGUGGGCGCUCACUCAGCGGGGCACGGCGCGGCGGCGGCGCCCGCUUGCCCCGUGCCGGGCGCCGAGCGUGAGGCGGCCCCGGCCCCCUCCGCCGAGCGGCCUCCGGGGAGCGGCUGCCCCGGGCUGUCCUCGGCCGCCGGGCUGUCCUCGACCGCCGGGCUGUCCUCGGCCGCCGCCAAGGUGCCGCAGGCUUCGGCCAUGAAGAGGAGCGACCCGCACCACCCUCAGCACCGGCACCGCGACGGCAGCGACGGCGGCGGCGCCGCGGCCGAGGCGCUCGUCAGCCCCGACGGCUCCGUCACCGAGGCGCCGCGCACCGUCAAGAAGGGUGGGCUGGGAACGAGCUCGUCGCCUGAAACAGCUUCAAACCUCCUAAUGCCAGGAGCAGAGCCAAAGAUCCGGGAGAAACCUGGGAAUUCCACGUGAGGAGCAGCUCCCAGCUGGCUCCUGCAUCCUUCUGCUUGCUGAAGGCGGCCGGAUUUGCUGCUGGAGGGGAUCUGGGAGCACAAACUGUUCCUUCUCCUCCUUUUCUCAGCGAUUCCGGCGGCUUCCAGCCACCCAGAGCAGGUUUUUAGUUCGCCGGAUCCGCGCGUCCGGGUCCUGUCCUCCUCAGCGGGAGUUGUGGAAAGAGAUCAUAAUUCGAUAUCCUCGCCUUAGCGAAAUAAAAGCCAGGUUUUGGGGAGGCAUCAAGUUGUCCUCGGGCACGUGGAGCUGAAGCGUGGUGGUGGAAAGGAGGUU